AUGUACGCUUCGGGUCGGCACCGCGGCAGCUACAAGAUGAGGCUGUACGAGCACUUCGACAUGAGCGGCCAGAUGAUGGAGCUGACGGACGACUGCCCCAACCUCAUGGACCGUUUCCGCCUGUCCAACUUCAACUCCUGCAACGUGAUGGACGGCCACUGGCUGCUGUACGAGCACCCCCACUACAGGGGGCGCCACUACUACCUGAGGCCCGGCCAGUACAGCAGCUUCAGCGAGUGGAGCGGCAACAACUCCAGGAUCAGCUCCGUCCGGCGUCUCACGGAUCUCUAAA